CACAAACAUGGCCAUAUUUGGCAGCGUGGAUCAGCUUUCACGGUUACUUCUUGACCUUCAACAUGCAAUUACAGGCCUGCCAUUGACUAUGCCAGAAGGAACAGAAGAUGGCCCUCUUGCUAUGCAUCUUUCUUUGGCACCACAUGGACAAAGCCUUGGAAUCUGAUUACCCUUUGCUAGGUGCCGUUUUGCAUCCAUGCAUACGAGUUGCAUACUUCGAAGACAAGAACUUAUGGCCUACUGGGAAUCUCGGCAGUCGUGCUCAGAUCUUGCUCGAACACCUUUAUGGGACUUAUGAGACCGACGACGGCACUAUAAGAAAAUCAGCCGCUACUCCUGCAUCAGCCCCAGCCUCACCAUCGAAGUCUGCCCUCAUUGCAGCUUUGACCAUGUCUAGUGGUGGUUCCUCUACAGCGCAGAAAGAAGUAGACAUCUAUUUAAGUGGUCUCUACCCUUGUUCACCUGAACAAAUGACCAAUCCGCUUCAGUGGUGGAAGGUGAGUAACCUUCUCACAUAAUUCCUAACAAAAAUGUCUGACUGUUGUCUUCGCAGCAACACGAGACGACAUUUCCUAUCCUGUCGUGCAUUGCUCGUGAUGUUCUUGCUAUUCCCACCGUCAGUGUCGCUGUCGAGC